AGCGCAUAAAAUUUGGCGACGGUCGGACCGUGGUGAAGUUUUCACAAACGAGAGAGUCAGUUUCUGUCGCAGUCGUCGCUAAUCAUGGCCCGUACAAAGCAGACCGCCCGUAAGUCCACUGGAGGAAAGGCUCCCAGGAAGCAACUGGCCACCAAAGCCGCCAGAAAGAGCGCCCCGUCCACCGGAGGAGUCAAAAAGCCUCACCGUUACAAGCCUGGUACCGUGGCCCUCCGUGAGAUCAGGCGUUACCAGAAAUCCACUGAGCUCCUUAUCAGGAAGCUUCCAUUCCAACGCCUUGUCCGUGAGAUUGCUCAGGACUUCAAGACGGACCUUCGAUUCCAGAGCGCCGCCAUUGGUGCCCUUCAGGAGGCAUCUGAGGCUUAUUUGGUGGGACUUUUUGAGGACACUAAUCUCUGUGCAAUUCAUGCCAAGCGAGUGACCAUCAUGCCCAAGGACAUUCAGCUGGCAAGGAGAAUCCGUGGGGAGAGGGCCUGAUUUGACACCUUGACAAACUUACCAUCCUAUUCCCCGUUAUGUUUUUAUGUAUAGACGCUAUGUGGACAGAGUCAUGUUAUACAGAUCUUCCCUAUUACUGUGUGCUCACUUCUCAUUUUGCCUGUGAAACCCUUUUGUGUUGUCUUUUCCUUCAAAACUCUCCCCCAUUUUGAAUUACCUGUUACAUGAUGACGCAAUAAACAACUCGCUGGGCGUAUCCGUUCGUUUUCCCAAUAAAUGCCCACCCGUAGCUAUAAACGGUGACGGCUGCAGUGAAUUUUGGUCAUUUCGAGUUUGGUUCCCCUAAUCUCGAGCGUUUGUUUGGUAAGCUGCAGAGCCGACAUAUAAGACAUGGCAAGUCCCCCGACGUUCGGGAGCGGAGAGGCGGCCUCCAGAGUGGAGGUAACCGUGUCCUGUCAGAACCUGAAAGACCUCGACUAUUUCUCCAAGAGCGAUCCGUGCGUCUUCCUCUUCGAGUACCUCAACAGGAGCUGGGCCAGGGUCGGGCGGACGGAGGUCAUCGAUAACAACCUGAAUCCAAAAUUCAGCAAGGCGUUCCAGCUGCAGUAUCGGUUCGAGGAGAUUCAGAAGCUCAAGUUUGUGGUGGUGGACGUGGACGACAGGUCCAAGAUUGACGAAAUUGCCAGACACGACAUGAUCGGAGGGCUGGAGUGUGCACUGGCUGAUUUGGUCACCGCAGGACAGCAGUAUGAACGUACACUCAGACUGAACGGUGAGAGAGGCAAUAUUCACCUCUGCUUAGGUUUAUAUGAACACUGGUGCACUAGAGCAUUGGUAGCUCAAAAAGCCCAUCUUUAUGCCUUUUACCAACUUUCUGUUUAGUAUAAUUGUGUCACGUUUAAAGUGUGUUACGGUUACAUAGUGCUAUAGAUAUGUAAUGCAUGCAGGGGCCCCUCGAGGUAAAAUCAGGCUACAGACAGAAGAGGUUGCAGACUCCAAGUUCUCCACUAUACUGCAGCUCUCUGCCAGCAAACUGGACAAGAAAGACUUCUUUGGGAAGGUGAGUGAAUACACAGGCAUCCAUAGCAUCAUGUGAUGGUCAUUUCCUGCUUUGGGAGCAUAGUUCAAUUAGUAUAGUCCCAAAUAUGACAGUGCAAGUUCCAGUUCCCACAUCCUAUGAUACAUUGUACUCUGACCUCAUUGUAAAAUUGCACACUCAUUUUUUCUCCCCGUUUGGCUUCAGUCUGAUCCAUUUGUGGAGAUUAGCAAGGUUCAGGAAGGAGGUGGCUACACCGUUGUCUACAGAUCUCAACACAUAGCGAAAACCCUGGACCCAAAGUGGCCUCGAUUUGAGCUACCCAUACAGAAGCUGUGCAGUGGAGACUGGGAGCGUGACCUGAGAUUUUCAGUCUGGGACUGGAACAGGUCAGGAGAUCACGAACUCAUAGGCUCAGCAAAUAUCACACUCAAAGAGAUCACUCCUGAAAGAGGGGGGACAGUGUUCAAUCUCGACCUUGUCAAUCCAGAGAUGAAGAAACGAAAGAAGAAAUACGUCAAUUCUGGUGUCCUUCAUUUCCUCACUGUUCAGGCAAUUCCUCUGCACACUUUCACUGACUACAUUCGCGGAGGCUGUGAAAUCAAUCUCAUGGUGGCCAUCGACUUCACCGCCUCUAAUGGAAAGCAAGACCAUCCACAAUCUCUUCACUACCUUGGAGCACAGAGAGACAAUGAGUACCAGCAGGCCAUAAGAGCGGUGGCGAGUGUUCUGGCCCCGUACGACAGUGACCAGAUGAUCCCGGUCUAUGGGUUUGGAGCUCGCCUGCCUCCCGACGGCCGAGUCUCUCACUGCUUCCCCCUCAACUUUAACGAGAGCAACCCUGAGGUCUAUGGUGUACAGGGGAUCCUGGAUGUGUAUCGCUAUUCUCUGAGUCAUGUUCAGCUCUACGGUCCCACCAACUUCUCCUCGUUCCUGGACAGAGCCAUUGAGGUGUCAGUUGGGACCACCACUCAGGAGAAGCAGAGCUACUUCAUCCUCCUCGUCAUCACUGAUGGUGUUAUCACUGACAUGGCCAACACAGUGGACCGGAUUGUGGACGCCUCAAACCUUCCUCUGUCUAUUGUCAUUGUUGGUGUCGGCAGUGCUGACUUCACAAACAUGGAAGUGCUGGACGCAGACGAUACUCCUCUGAGGAGCAGACGUGGGGAGUUGAUGAAGAGAGACAUCGUCCAGUUUGUUCCGUUCAGAGAACUCAGCUCAAAGAGUGGUGCUAACUUCUCCCUGGCUCGCGAGACGCUGGCUGAGAUCCCAGAGCAACUGACAUCCUUCAUGAAGGCUCAGAAUAUUCGACCGAAUCCUCCUCCACUGCGUCACAGACAGAGCACUGUCUUCAUAUCCACACCUGGGGGAGGUCCACCUACUACCAGUGGCCAACCACCCAGUGGAUAUCCAGGGUACCCCACCACCGGACCACCAGCUGGUCAAUACCCUGUACCUGCUGCUCCCGGUGGCUACCCUACUGGUCCUACACCAUAUCCUGCUGCUGGACGGCCAGCUCCUUACCCCACCGGGCCUGCCCCUUACCCCACUACCACUGCACCACCACCUUAUCCCUUUUAGAGCCCACUGUCAUGUAAACAAUGUAAAAUUAUAUAUACAAGCGAUCACUAAAUGCACACAUACCACCAGCACUGGUAGUUCUACAGCAAUGCAUGUUUAAAAGCAGCAAAUAUAAAACUAUUAGGUCAGAAAAUGCUAUACUACUCACUACAGUAACUUGAAGCUCUUAGCAGUCAGGUGAUACUGACGAUAUAAUCAGACAGGGGGGACCCUGGCUUUGAUCCAACCAUGGCCAGGUCCGGCAGAACUUCCUCCGGGGUGGAGAGUGGGGUACUCCAACUCACUCUCCCAAUUGGGGACGCCCCUGUUUGUUAUGAUGCCCCAUUUAGCAGCUCUGCUAGUCUGCAAAAGAGUCGGUUCAGACCUUGAGACGUGAAUAGGGGGCGGCGUAGCAGUCGAACUAGUGUUCAUUAGUACCAGUUGAGCUGAAGGCGGUAACUGGUUGUGGUACUCAGACGGAGAAACGGAGGGAUGUUGCAACUGCGUCAUCCCUGCAUAGACGUUCAGAAGAAGCUCGUUGCGUUUGCAUUCGAUGGGCAUGACCUGAGCCAACUUUUGGCCUAUCAGCAUCCACUGGUAGUCUCCAAACAGCUCGCGGCAUCGUAGGACGUACUCUUGGACGGUGAUCUCCGAGUUGCGGUACCAUCCGGAGAGAUUACGAAAGUAGUUAAACCUCUCGCGGUCGUUGCCGAGAGCUUCUCUCACCAUACUUAUAACGCUGCCUUCAGUGACUCCCUGUUGAAGGGCCCCUGAUCCUACACUGCCCGCGGUUCCCUGGACCGGGAGGUUAGAAGACGACGGAGAUUUAUAGAUGGAGUCUUGUUGAAUCAACUGCCACUGGGGGCUGACAAAUCCAGGAGGUAUAUUCGAGGCAACGGCAGCACUUAAACUUGCCCUGCUUCUCUGAGCUGGUGGUGCAGAGGUGGCGUAGUUAUUGUUAGCGGUGGAGACGAUGGAGAAGCUAAGGGGAGGGAAAUUUGAGGGCUCCAGGGGAUUAUAACUGCCACGCGGAGGCUGUAUUUUUGGAGUCGGAGCCUGUUUUGAAUCAUCUUCUGGUGGCGAUAUAUUGAGAGCAAGAAGAUCAGGCCAUUCGCUGGCACUGUCAGUGUUCAUUGUAGGGCUCUUGGUGGGCUGGGAGCUCUCAAAACCUGGUGGUUUCUUAGCUUGAGAAGCACCAGCAGCCGUCUUCUUUGUCGCGGCCGUUUUAGAAGCUACAGUUGAGGUUUUAGAGUCACUGGGGUUGCCUGUUGUAUUAGAUAGUGUCUCAGUACUUGGAGUACUCGUGGUGGUGGAUGGUUGGAGACGAGGGGUCUGGUGUUGCUGUCUCUGUUUCAUUCUGGGGGGCUGCUCGCUCAUGUACUGGCCCCCAGCAUCAGGGGUCCUCUGUUUCCUCGAGUUGCCAGUGUUUGGUGGAGACUUUGAGUCCCUCUGCUGCUGUUGGGGCUUAGACUGGAUACUGGCUGAGGUAGGGGCAGCACCACUGGCCUUAUCCUCAUAGUCUUUAUCCCUUGUUUUAUUAUGUCUACCACGCUGCGGGACAUUCUGCCACUGGCCCCUCCCACCAGACGCAGCCACAUAAACCCCGCCCCCUCCUCCUCGGUCUUCGGCUCGGCCAUAUGAAAACUCCACGUUCAGCUGCCGCAUCUGUUUAGCCUCUGCCUUCGUGACUCCUCUACUGUGGGCCUUGGCUCUGUGCACCUGGAGAUCUAACUUGGUACGGAAGACAGACGUAAACUUUUCCUGCUGGCAGGCUCCCUCGACACACAGGUAGUGCUGCGCCCGGAAGUGAUUUCGUAGGAGCAGAUACGUGGCAUAGUAGUCUUGUUUCCCGUCGCUCUCGCAGAAGUGGCACCAGAAGUGGACUUUACGCAGGUGGGAAUGGAGCGCGUCGUUGUCAAAGAAGCGAUAGUCGCAGAACUGGCAGAGUGGGUGUCCCUUGUAGCUGGUGGCAUCUGGGUCGCCUUCCCUGCGGUGCCGAGUCAGCUCCUGUCUACUGUACUGUCGCAGCUCGUAAGGAAAGAGUUUGAGGUUCUCGCAGCAAAUGUCGCAAUAGACGAGGCCGUGGGUCUUGCGCAUGUGGUCGCGGAGUAGUGCAAAACUCCCGAACGUCGACUUGUCGCGGCAUUUGCUACAGCAGUAGGCCGUGAGUGACUUGUACUGGUCGUAGAGUUGAGUGGUGUGGAAAUGAUAGCCGUACUUCCUGUCCACCUUGGAUCCAUGAGGGGGGAGUGAGAAGCUCUUUAUAGAGUCAGAGACUACCACUUUGUUGAGUUUCUCCCUACAGACGGGGCAGUCUCUUUGGUCACACAGGACCCUGAGUCUCACGCUGCACACUAGACACGUAGCGUGCUCGCACGGCCCCACGGCCCACGACUGGCUCUCGUUACAGCACAGAGAACAGGCGUCCAUUUCUCUCCUGUUUGGAUAGUGGUUUCCCAAUCUGUUCUCGUCGACUACUGCUCCUCGAAAAAGGCAAGGGCCCUUGUUCUUUGCUCCAGCGGUUGCCCGGUUUGAAAGCCACAGG